CAAGCCUUCUUUCCUGUCACCCAACUUCGCAGCCAAGUCACCUUCAACCACGACCUUCAUCGAGUACAAAGCCUAUGGUAUCUCAUUACUUCCAAUUCAAGGUCGCCGAGCAUUGUUAAAACCAUAUUCCAUAUCCUAUCUCACCGCCAUCCUCUCCUCCGAUUCAAAUCUUUGCGUUCGCAUCGCAUUUGAACCUCGGGCCGCAAUGAUGCAAUCCUCAAUACCGACGCUCGACCUCUACUGCGGUCGGCCUUUGUGCCCCGCAAGCAUUUCAACUGCCAUGGCCUGAGUCAGAUUAUUGCUAUUGAAUAGAAUUUCAAUAUACGAUCGCAGCAAUCUACUUGCAACGCAAAUCUCAAGACGACCAACACACGGCCUCGGGCCAUGACGCUGGCCGUCUGCAGCGCACCCAGGCUCGUCCUGGGCAGGACGGGAAAAGGCCCAACGAGGGUUGCCCGGGCACAAAGAUCAUGGACGGGCAACGGGUGAAGACAUCACGCAAUUUACGAUGUUUCACGAGCUCAUGGCUGCAAUUUUCGGACAAAGAAAAAAAAAUGGCAGAUAUUUAGAACGGCGUCAUCUAAGUAGAGAAAUUGGGAUAUCGGCGGCUAUUUGAGACCUUGCUUGGAGCCAUGAAUACCACGUAUCACCGAACGACGUUUACGACCCUUACGUCACGCAACGACAAGACGACUACUAUAUCCACGCGGUUGUCACCGCAGUGGAUGAAGGAACAUGAAAGUCGACAUGCGACAUGUUUCCUGGAUGUGGCAUGCUGAAAUGAUGUUACUCCGCUACGUGGAAGCAUGAGCAAAAAAUAAUAGAAAUUCGCCAUCACAUCUUGUCCUGGGCAGGACUUUAAAAGGCCUGGACUCGCCUUCGAUCUCAUGAUUAUCGAAGGGAAUCCCGCCGUUCCAGCUCGAACGGAUGCAAUCCUGUUUAAUGAACUUGAUUGCAGGCAAGUGGUUCAUGACCACUAGCCAUAUAACAGGGCCGCACAUGCUAUGGAGACUCCAUAGGUGUUCGGCCUUCCUUUUCUCUCUGGUCCUUUGGGUAUGGCCUAAAGUCCUGGGAGAUUUGGAAAACUGACGCUCUCCUGCUGUGACGACUGGUUUUUGUUGGUCGAGCAUCAGACAACCGUGGUGCUUACAUUCGAGUUUGCACCGUCGGGGUAGAUCAGAUGACAUUGAAUAGGCCUCAGCUGUGGUAGAAACCUCGGCUGGGGCUUCUUUGUGGCAGGUGACAUCUGCGCUGCCUGUGCCAGUUGAGUUGGGGUCCCUUCUGAAGGAGAUAAGCGCGAUAGUAGGGGCGAUAUGCCUAGUUUGCCGCUUUGGUCACAUCAAUCAUCACCAAAGCCGCCGCGGCAGAGGCACCCUUGCUCCGGAGCCAGCAUCACGGACUCGGCCGUGGGGGACCUGAACCCAGAUACACGUCACCCUGUUCUUGAUCAAAUAGGGUUUUUGAACAGGCCGAUACUGGGUCUAACAGUCGACUGGAGGGACUAUGCAUCCCCGGACUGGACUGGUCGCGUCUUCCAGAGGCACCGCGCUAUAGUUGUGGUGGCCUCAAAAGUCCAAUGCUCGAUCCCAGGUUUGUGGGCAAUGAGCGUCGACUACGCCAAGGGGACUAGCAGCUUGAGCGACCGCAAAUCCAAGCCUGCCCUUGUUCCCAAUAUGACAGUUUCUAUGAUUCACUGUGAAAGCAAGUAUGGGUGUCGAGGUUACAAAUGUUAUUGGCCGAAGGGUAACCCAUGUGUUGAGGCCAUGAUAAUAAGUUGGUCUUGGUCCGAGCUAUCAGCUCGUGUUUUAUUUGAGCUUUCACACAAGCCCCGCGUUCCUAAUGCCGUCGCUGCCAAUGGCGACAGCGUUACCAUCCAUGAUAUAAGCUGGGAACCAGCGAGAGCUGAGAUGAGGUCUUUGCAAAUGUAUUCGAAUGAGUAA